GGGCAGCUCUGGGUUAACACAUGCGCCUGGCCUCGCUCAGUGGGCUAAUAGGAAGCUGUUGGGCUUGCUACUACCAUUCCAGACUCCGGUAAUGCUGGCUCGGGAAUACACCUGUCCUCACUGCUACCGGGAGUCCCGGUCUAUGCCAAGAGCCUGCCUGCAUUGCAGGCCCUGGUUGACUUCAAUGGGAGCCGGAGAGGGCGUCAUGAUCCCUGUCCCUUAACCCCGGGCUCCGGACGGAACCCAAUUCGCUCUCUUUUCGUAAAUGUUACUGUAAGGCUUUUACUGCUGGGUCUCUAACGGGGAAGUGGAGGUGGAACCGCUCCGUGCUCUGCCCAGCGAGCUCUCCGAGGGCUGAAAUAGUCGCUAGCACUAUGAGAUCAGGAUGACCUUUUCCGCUCUCUGUCCCGAGGUCGGUCGGUCAGACCCACCCCCACCAGCUGCGUGGAAAUGAUGUUCACGAGAACAAUGUAGUGAUGGAAAAGUCCCAGGCUCGGCAGCAGCGGUGCACUAGUGGGUGGGUGCAAAUACCAAAAACUUGGCCACUGAGUAGAAGUCAUAAGGGAAACUGCAAAGCUAGGGAGCGCCACACACACUUACAGCUACACAGCGUGUGUGUGCGUCUUUGUGUGUAAAAAUGCAUCACACGUACAUUUUCCCUGUCCACUCAUAACUCGUGUGAAUUUCCUUCAUUUAGGAUCUUUUCAGUCUAUAUCCAAUUUUAGAUCUGUUCAGUACGUGUCUGUGGGCACAGACAUCUUGCAUGUGUGUCUAUGCAGAUUAUUACACACUUUUAGAUAAAUGACAGCAGCUUACUUGUAUGAGGGAUAGCUCAGUCUGUAUCGACUUUUAGGUAUAGGGAUUGGUAUAGUCUUGUAUUGCUUGUGAAUAUUAUAGAUACACACACGUAGAAUAUAUUAUGUCCUCUAUGUAUGGUUUUGAAAUAUAUCUUCUUGUGCGGACUUGUGAAUUAGCAUCAUAUGUAUGCAUACACCGUGUGUGUGCAUAUAUAUAUAUAUACACACACACACGCACUCUUAGAGAUCAUAGGCGCUAUUUAUGACUAUUUGUGGUUGAGGUUUUCAAAGCAGUGCCGGGGGGUUAGUAUUUACAUAUGAACACAGGUGUAUACAUGAACACAUGCCCAGCUAUACUCUCAGUAUCUGUUUCAUAAACACACACACAGGCGCGGGAGGAGCAGGUAGAGAUAAAUACAGCGUCUGUCGCUGUCUCUCCCUGCGCCCAGGAGCGCAUCCCUGCAGUGAGGGCGCAGUAGCUCUGAAUGGCCGGGCCUGCCCGACUCACCCCGCCGGGAAGAGGCUCUUGAUGGGCCCCCUGGCUGCUGUGCAGCGGGGAGAGGAACUUUCUCUCUUUCCUCUCCCAGGCUCAAGCCCGGGCACAAAGUUAAGCAGCCCGGCCCAGCCCACGCCUGAGGCUGCAGCUGGCGGGUCUGCGAACUCCGGCGCGUGGUUUAAUAGCGGGCGCCUCUCUCCUCCUCUCCCUCCGCCCCCCUUCCCCUCCGCAAGUUGGUGCCCGGGCGUGUGCAGCGAGCAGCGGGUGCGUGGCAUGAACCUGGAGAGCAGCGAGUGCGGGAUGAGCUCGGUGAGCUGCGGCAACGGGAAGCUCCGCCAGUGGCUGAUUGACCAGAUCGACAGCGGCAAGUACCCGGGCCUGGUGUGGGAGAACGACGAGAAGAGCAUCUUCCGCAUCCCCUGGAAACACGCCGGCAAGCAGGACUACAACCGCGAGGAGGAUGCCGCCCUCUUCAAGGCUUGGGCUCUUUUUAAAGGAAAGUUCAGAGAGGGCAUUGAUAAACCAGAUCCCCCAACUUGGAAGACAAGGCUACGGUGUGCUUUGAACAAGAGCAAUGACUUUGAAGAACUGGUUGAGAGAAGCCAGCUGGAUAUUUCUGAUCCAUAUAAAGUGUACAGAAUAGUGCCAGAAGGAGCUAAAAAAGGAGCAAAACAACUCAGCCUAGAGGAUCAACAGAUAAUGAUGAACCAUCCGUACACAAUGACUUCUCCUUAUACUUCACUACAGGCUCAGGUGUCAAACUACAUGGUACCUCAUGAACGUAACUGGAGAGAUUUUGCCCCAGAGCAGCCACACCCUGACAUCCCCUACCAAUGCCCAAGUGUUCCUUUUGCAGCUCGCAGUCACCAUUGGCAAGGUCCUGCUUGUGAAAACGGUUGUCAGGUGACUGGAACCUUUUAUGCUUGUGCACCAUCUGAGUCACAGACUCCUGGGAUCCCAAUAGAGCCAAGCAUAAGGUCUGGUGAAGCUCUUGCACUAUCAGACUGUCGACUACACAUCUGUCUAUAUUACCGUGAAAUACUGGUGAAAGAGAUGACGACUUCAAGUCCCGAAGGCUGUAGAAUAUCUCAUGCCCAAAAUUAUGAGGUCAGCAGCUUGGAUCAAGUUAUCUUCCCCUAUCCAGAAGAUAAUGGCCAGAGGAAAAACAUAGAAAAAUUACUGAGCCACUUGGAACGAGGAGUAAUACUCUGGAUGGCACCUGAUGGGCUUUAUGCUAAGAGACUUUGUCAAAGCAGGAUCUACUGGGAUGGACCUCUGGCGAUAUGCAGUGACAGGCCAAAUAAACUGGAAAGGGAGCAGACCUGCAAACUUUUUGAUACUCAGCAAUUUUUAGCAGAACUGCAAGCUUUUGCCCACCAUGGACGUCCAUUGCCUAGAUUCCAGGUUGCUCUGUGUUUUGGAGAGGAAUUUCCAGACCCACAAAGACAGAGGAAGCUAAUUACAGCCCACGUUGAGCCAAUGUUUGCAAGGCAGCUGUAUUACUUUGCUCAACAAAACAGUGGACAUUUUCUGAGAGGCUAUGAUUUACCAGAACAUGUCACUAGUCCAGAGGAUUACCACAGAUCUAUUCGCCAUUCCUCCAUUCAAGAAUAAUCUCCUCAGAAGGAGUGUGUUUAAGGCUUUGUAAAGAUGAUGCAUAUUGGAAGAACAGAGCUGGUUCACAUUUUGGGGAUCCAAAUCACAGCUGGAUUUAUUCAGGAAAACAAAGUCUCAGAGACUGGAAAAUGAACUAGAACAACAGUAUUGUACAAUAGAAAUGAUGAGGCUUCAAGAUUUGGAUGAUACAUCUCACAUAGAUUCUGCGGUUGCUGGGGAUAACUGUGAAAACUGACAAAAUGUUUGAUAUGUUUACAUUGUUUAAACGUUCUCCAUGGUUUGAGGAUGACUUCUUGCUGAAGACUUAAAUUCAGAGUUUACAAUGUUAUGAUAUUUGCAGAGCUAUUUAUUUGUGAUUACAAAUCUCAGGGCAGGGAAAUAUAUUGGCAGUAUUCCCAGCAUGAAGCUGUAGCUACUGUGGGAAAGAUGGCACACAAGUGGCCUAGGCAUCCAUAAAUGUUAUGUUGUGAAUAGCUACAUAUGUAAGUGGUUAAGAAUUUAGAUUGUUAAGCGUGGUAAACUUUUUAUGCCUAUAUUCUUCUAUGAAAGUUUCAGUGUGUAUUUUUUUUAAAAAUCCAGUCCUAAUGAGAUAUAUAUUUUUAAUACCUGACAUUUCUCUUCAAAGUGAAUUUUGUCGUCAUUACUGCUGUUAGUGGAUUGAUACUCAUAACAGCUCUUAGAAGAGUUCUCUAGAUGGUGUAUUUGGGGUAGUACAUUGUGAAGGGUGGUCAUUUAACAUUGCAGAGUCAGCAGGCAACUGAUGCUUCUCUCUAACAAUCUCUAGAUUUGGGAGUUUUUGCUGUCUGUGUUGCAGGUGGGACCAUUGACUUGAAUCUAGACCCUAGAAUAAAACAGGUUUUUGAGAAAAUAACUGUAAUCUUUGAUAAUUAUUCUUUCAUAUAUGAUUCUUUUUUGGUGGUCAUUCUCACUGGCACAUAUAUGUAACAUGAAAUAGAUUUCCAAGGUACAUUUGUAUAGGUUUGGUAAAUAUUCACAAAAAGAGUUGUUGACUUACACAAGGUCAAAUUCUGCUCUUGGCUGUGCACCUACAACUCCCUUCCUCCUGUGCAGAAGUCAGUGGGAGCCAGGUGUCCAAAGAAGAGCAGGCUUUGGCCCAUAGUAUUAGUAGAGCUGGGAAUAUCUAUCCUAACUUUUGUUUUAAAAAGUAAAAAAGAAAAAAAAAGUAUAAUUUUAGGAGAUUUACAACUUUUAAUGCUGGGGUGUUGAUUAUUUGCUUGCAUAUGCAAAUGAACUUGGAACUCCUUUGUAUGGCAAAGAAAGAGAGAGAUCUGUCAAUAUUGGUGUGUGUGUGUGUAUAUAUAUAAGUGAAAUUCUACAGUCUGUGUUAUGCAGGAGGUCAGACUAGGUGAUCAUAAUGGUCUGUUCUGGCCUUAAAAAUCUGUGAAUUUAUAUUUCUCAUGCCAGAAAGAUCCUCUCCAUGGUUAGAAAUACAUUUUGCUUGAAUUUCUAGCUAAAACAAAAUUGUAUAUGGUCUGACAGCAGACUCACAUUCUAGGGAACUUUAAUUUAUACAUCUUAAAGAUGCAUACUAUUUUGGGAUAUAAUAUCCCCCCUUUUCUCCCCUCCCAUAAGGCCAGUUUAUCAGUUCAUUAUGCUUUAAUAUUCUUCCUUACUUGAAAUUCUUUCCUGACUUACAUGUUCUUAGGGGAAUACUCUAGCUCAUAGACAUUCAAAUCUCUGCGUUAGUCAGCCUCCAACCCUUUUUAAUUUGCACACUUCUAUGUAUAUUUUAGUCCAGUGAAGCAUGCAGUGCUUCAGUUGAAAUCAAUGGGACUUUUGUGUGCAAGACUGCAGAAAUGAACUGAUAUACCGUAUUGGAUGUGGGUUUAACUUUUCCUAAUAGUCAUUGCUUCACUUGCUGAGUGUCUCACCACAUCUCUCAGAAUCAAUUUCUGGACCCCAACAGUUCAGUUCGGUAGAUCAGAUGUGUUCUUUUCUGAGGUGGGGUUAGUUCUUAAGGGCCUAAUCCUGCAUUGCCAUCUCAGGCAAGAGGCCCAGUUAAGUCAGUGGGAGGUUUGUUUAUGUAAAGAUUGCAGGAACAGACCACAAGAAAGGAAGUCUGAAAUAUGAAAACAUUCAGUGUUAGUUCACUUAGCAAAGCAUUGAAAAAUAUGUAUUUUUUCCUUUGCUGCACUGUAGACAUCGUAGGGAAUAAAAAUAAUUGAAGGCCACAUUCUGCUAUUGGAUGCCUGGAGCUCCCAUUGACUUCAGAUUUUGGACCUUGAUGUCUUCUAUGGCUUAUUUGUCCAAUUCAUCAAGUUUGACUUGGAAUAUGCUAUUUUCAGGAUGAUAUUACUAAAUUCCUUAGGGAAAACACAAGAGGUUGUAAGUUAGUUAUGUUGGCCUUUCACCCCGCUCCCAUGGAAAUCAAUAGUGAAAGUCCCAUUGAUCUUCAGUGAGAACCAGAUGAUGCCUUAUAGGAGUAAAGAAUGGCACAGACUGUUAAGUGAUCAGUUUGAAUCCUUCUGGAAUGUGAGGGGAGUUUCAGAUUGUUCCAACAAGAGUAUAAAGAUCACAGCUUCAUAAGCUUCUAUGUUUUAGAAUAAAGGCUACAGAAACACUGAAAGUUUGUAGAUUCAUUUACAAAAUACAUGUAUUUUUUGCUGGUAGAUAUUUUAGGAUAGGUUAGUGUCAUGUAAGUCUAAAAGCCAAUUGUGUUGAACUACUUGUUGUUUUGGAAUGUGGUACCUUCCAGGAAAGCAGGGAAUUGCAAGUAUAGAAUGAGGCAGCUUCUCAAAAUGUGUUCCAGGUUUUACCCAUUAUAGCCCUGGAGAGAAGAACUUUCCAAAGUUACACUGAUUUUACCAACCCCUUGGUAAUGCUGGCCAGCAUUUCACAGGUUCAUUGCAAACAACCUAGUAGUGCUGUUAAUGGUACUGCCUCGAUUCAGCUAAGCACGAAAGCUCUUAGUUUGAGCAUGUGCCUAAGUCCAUUCCUACUCAGCAAAGCAUGUGAGUGCGUGCCGAAUUCUAGUGCUUUGCUGAACUGGGGCCUAAAGCUUGAGGUACUGGGGUGUGUGUGUGUGUGUGUGUGUGUGUUUGAGCGAGAGAAGAGGAGUUGGGAUAGGACCAAAGGGAGAUGAUCAAAUUAAACAAUAGGAACUGUCCUAGUAGAGUAGCAACAGCCUAUGCCAUUGUACUCAGUAACCCAAAGCAAGAGGAGAGUCUGCAAACUGUGCAAGAGAUCUACUAAGCCUUUUAGGAAGAGGAAACUAUCCAGCUCUUUGUGUUGCAUCUUCUAUCAUCCAAAUUCAGAGGUACAUUGAGCUUGGCUUUCAAUGGAGCUUUUAAUUAUACUCCCCUCCGGAGUACAGUGUAAAGUUAGCAGCUGUUGAAGAAGAAGAAGGGAUGGG